AUGAAGCUCUUCUUUAUUCUGGCGCCUCUUGCGCUUGCUGCCAGUGUCGCAGCUUCUGCUCUCCCAAAGCGUGGGGAUGGUGGCUGUCUGUCACAAAGCGAAGCCGAGUCGAUCGUGAGCCAGUACGCCUCAAUCCUGACUCAUACGGAUGUCGCAACUGCCAAUGCGACGGCUCAAGCACUCCUCGACGAGAACUACACUGAGAUCAGUGACUCGAUCUUGUCUCUUGAAGGGCAGCCACUCGGCACCGCAACCUUCGUCGGAAAACAGUUGUACAUCGCAGGGGUCCUCAAUUCGCCUGGUGUGACGGGAAUCAACACCCUCGAGAUCGACGUCGCCGGCUGCAACAAAAUCUUGUGGUAUUGGUUGUUCACUGGCAUUGGUAGUCAGCAGUAUGAGAUCAAGGGGUUCAACCUGUUCACCAUCACUCCGGCCAGUCAAAUUGUCCAGGUCAAUCUCGAGUUCAAUAGUAUUGCUUGGGCUUUGGAUACCGGGUAUCAGGUUAUUUUCCCAUCGAGCCCUGCCCCUACAUGA